AUGUUUCGCUGCCAACUGCACUAGUACGCACCCAAAACGAUACACACCAAAGUGGUAACCGAUAUUUCGAUUAACGCCGAAAAUAUAAACCGAAAUUUUGUUAAAUGGUCAAAGUGUUGUUGGUUCUGGUAUCGCGUGCAUGUACACAUACAAUAUAAACGAAAUUUUCCCGAAAAAUACACAUAUUUCCUUUCUGCUCAAUCUACAGUGCAAACGGGUAAACGAAUACGAAUUUUAUGGUUCAAUUUGAUUUUGAUACGAUUUUAUCGGAGCCAAAAACGUAAUUUACACAAUAAACUAAAGUGCAUAUCGAUAUACAACGAGAGUUUGUAAUUAAUGCAACUGAAUUGAAACUUCUGUUUGUUUUAUUGUGCACAACCGAAAUAUCGGCACAUACGUUGAAAUAUUGCAGUGAAUAUACCAUACGCACAUACAGACAGUAUAUGGAUUCAAAAUCCGAAUUAGUGUUUGCAUUUAAAUCAAUAAUGGUCUUUUGCGGUUGUUGAGGUUCUGAUUGCUGGUAUGAGAACAUCCUAUUUUCAAAAGUUAAAGCCGCCCCCCACCCACGUAUUCAAUAUAUAGUACAAGCAAAUAGUCUAAACGAACGAAUAUGAAACAAACGACCGACCAACCAACCGAUACAAUUACAUACGUGCAUUGAAAAGUUUUUGAUGUGAAAACUUCGGCUAACCAUUGCGCCAGGUGAAAAGUUUUCGAUUAGUUGGUGAUUUGUGUGCGAGUUGUGAGCGCUGGACAUUUUCGCAUUUUAUGAACAUUCCAAUUUCAAUUCUAACAACUAGUUUAGCUACCAAGCAACUGACCCACAGCAAUAGCAACAACAAAAACAGCGUCGAUGACGACAAAAAAGCAUACUCAACAUCAACAACAUCGACCAAUUUUAUGUUGACUCAGCAGCUUUAGCUUUCAAUGUGUGUUUGAGAUUUUCGUGCGGAAAAUUUCGAUUGACAAUUUUAUGUGAACGCCAGUUGAGUGCAUUUGUAUAGUACGAAUAUAGAUUUUGAAAUCAUUGAUACGGAAAAAAACAUUGAAUAUAAAUAAACACGAUGUCAAUAUUAACGUGUAGCAUUUUUACACUGACACUGAUCAACACCAUCAAUCUGAUCGAUGCUCAAGGGCCGGUAGCUACAGCAUUAUUUCUUGGUGAUCCAGCACUUUUCAAUACAACACGCGAAGAUUGUAUAUGGAAACGCGGCAAUGAUCGAGACCAAUGUCCAGAUCCGGAUAUUACGAUGACACUUUUUCCACCGAAAAAACUUCACGCAAGAUCAAAGGUAGACAUCACUCAACGUGAUUGGUUACGAAACAGUGGCUGGAAUCGCGACAAGGAAAAUGUAAUUCUAAUUCAUGGCUAUGGCGGUAACGUUGAUGCAAUACCAAUGUCCGUUUUGAGAGAUGCCUACGUGAAUCAUGGCGACUACAACACAUUCAUGGUUGAUUGGGGGGUCCUAUGCUCACCACCUUGUUAUAUUGCAGCGGUACAUAAUCUCAAACCUGUUGCAAAAUGUUUGGCGCAGGCCUUUUCAUUUUUACGUAAUUCUGGUAUGCCGGUACAACAUACAGUUUGUGUUGGACACUCGUUGGGCGCUCAUAUAUGCGGUUUAAUGGCAAAUUAUUUAGAUUUUCGUAUCGAACGGAUUAUUGCUCUUGAUCCCGCUCGUCCAUUGAUAGCGCCUGGCAUCAGCAAUCGGCUAGACAGUGGCGAUGCAAAAUCAGUUCAAGUCAUGCACACCAAUGCUGGAUACUAUGGCGAAGGCGGACGUGUUGGACAUGUUGAUUUCUGUGUUAAUGGUGGCAAACGACAACCGUACUGUUCUACUACUUCAAACGCGAAUUUGUGCAGUCACAUUUGGGCAGUGUGCUAUUUAUCGCAAAGUAUCUACGAUAGUUCAAUCUUGAAUGCCGAACCAUGCACACGAAGAUGUCCGGUUGGUGUUCGCAGUUUCCGAAAUAAUCGAUUUUUGUAUCGGCAAUCGGUCGGUUUCGACAUUCCAAUGGGUCAACACACUCCAAUGAAUGCAUAUGGGUCGUAUUGUCUGAAAGAUAAUGGAGUACCGUUUUGCCCAUCCGAGGCACAUCCAAUUGGCGAUGCACGAUGUUGCAUUGCACAAGGACAGGAUGGUCUUGAUGAAAUCAGCUUUCGAAGCAAUUCGAUUGAAACAAUGGUCGAUUUAAUGAAAACACGAGACAGAACCUAAGCAUACAGCAUAUUUUUUUUGUUUGGAUUUUUUGCCAAACGAAGUUGAAAGUCCUUGUAAAAUCGUGCUUUUCCACUACAGCUCAUUUCACAUUUGUCUCAAUAACGAAAAGCAAUAUUAAAUUGUAAAUGAUUUAGACUAGAUUAUCCAAUACUAUUACCAAUUUAUAUGUUUGCUUACCAUUUUUGAUGCCAACAAAUUAAUCCAUUAAACUAGAUGUAGAACCAAGUUUAUGAUAAGAAACUACCUUUUUUUACUCGAAAAUUAAAAA